UGGGGAAUUAGUGACUGCACUUUUAGCCCGAGUAGGGGAUUGGACCGGGUUUUGGAACAUAGCCUGGAACCCUCCAGCCGGCCACAUGACUCGACCGGUUUCCAUUUCGCGACUUGACUGGUAUAGGUAUAGCUUUUGCGCGAGCGAUUGACCAAAGAGACUUGAGACACUCUCGACUACAAAAGUGAAAGAGAAGGACAAGAGCCGGGGGAGGAGCAAGUCAGAUUCGUCGUCUCCAAGGUUCAAAUAGUGUCUGCAAAUGAGGGGUAGAAGUUACAGUCCCUCACCACCAAGAGGUUACAGCAGAAGAGGUAGGAGCCCUAGUCCUAGAGGCCGCCAUGGAGGUCGUGGUAGAGAUCUUCCUACUAGUCUUUUGGUCAGGAAUCUUCGCCAUGAUUGCAGACCUGAAGACCUCCGCAGACCAUUUGGCCAAUUUGGUCCUCUCAAGGACAUAUACUUGCCACGAGAUUACUACACUGGGGAGCCUCGUGGCUUUGGUUUUGUCCAAUAUGUAGACCCUGCUGAUGCUGCAGAAGCCAAAUAUCAAAUGGAUGGACAAGUUCUUCUUGGCCGAGAGCUGACUGUUGUAUUUGCAGAGGAAAAUAGGAAGCGGCCAGUUGACAUGAGGGCUAGAGAGCGAACAAGGGGUCGACCAUCUGACCGCAGGAGGUCUCCUCCUCGCUAUUCACGCUCACCUAGAUAUGCUAGAUCACGGUCCCGAAGCCCUAACCACUAUCCCCCUUCUCCUAGGAGGAGGCAUUACUCAAGGUAUUUGAUAAAAAUUCCCAUUUCAAUCAUGGUUUUGUUUUUCAUAUUUUCCAUAAUUGUUUUUCAUUGGGACAGAUCUGUUUCACCCCAAGAUAAAAGGAGGUACAGCGGAGAACAGCCUUACUCUGCUUCUCCUCCUGUUAAAGGUUCAAAGAGCCAAAGUCGCAGCCCAAGCAGGAGCAGGAGCCAGACCCCCGUGGACUACUCAAGGGGCCUGGACAGGGAAAGGUCUCUAAGUCAGUGAGCAUCUAAUGGAUGAAAAGUGUUAUGCCCUCUAGUACUCGUGGAUUAUCCGAUGUUGUCUGGAACUUUGACUAUUACAUAAAUCUUACUCUAUUUUCAAACUAUUGGUUGGGAUUUUCCAGAUUUGACAUUUAUAUUUGGAAACGCUUAGCAUUUUCUGCCCACUAGCUUGACAAAGAUUGUAGUUUAAAACGUUAGGAUGCUUUAUAAUACAGAUCCUGUUGAAAUUGUAUGUCA